AUGGAUGAGAUCAGCAGUGCGCAGGAAUCCCCUCCUUUUCAAAAUGCAUACAGCGAUCAAUCAACGGCUGUCCUGAUUCAGGAUAGUAUACUGUAUUCCACCAGUUCUCUAAUGCAGAAAGACAUUAAAGAUUUGUUAGAGAACGCGAAAACAAGAGCAGGUUCGUUUCAAAUGGACCAUGCUAGGAGCGAAGAGUUUGAAAAUGCCUAUCCAAUGCAGGUGCCUUCGUCUGUAAGGGAAGAUGUGCAACCGAUUUUAGCUCCGGUGAGGAAUUUAGAAGCCUCGAAGGAAACUGGGGCUCAACAAGGAGCCUCCCCUUUGGACCAUGAUCCAGCAUUUCAAAUGCUAUUCAACAAAACUCGAGUGUUGCUUGAGCGUUCGCAUUUUUCAUCAGAUUUCCUAACCAUUUUGAGACGUUAUGUCGGCCUGUUACUGGAAGAUGGCCAUGAUGCAAUGAAAGACAGAUAUGUUUUAGCUCUACAACGUGAAUUGGACUUGAGGGACUGGGAUGUCACUUCGCCAUUUAUCGAUCUUCUGGAUAUCUUUCUCUCCAGGCCAGCGAAUCCGUGGAUGAUGUUAGCUAACGUUGAACGCAGAAAGCAACGGGCGUUGUUAGAAUCUGCGUUCACCAAGUGGAAGCUGAAGACCCGAGUAGAUCGCUACUUAAUGAAGUUGAGCUAUUAUUGGGGGUGUUACGUUCAGAGGAAAUACCUACAAUUGUGGCAGGAGCGAAAAAACUUCAAGACUCAUAAUCUCAGAGUAGAGGCAGACUGCCUGAUGGACUUCAAGAGCCAAUCUAAUAACUUUGAUAAGUGGAUGAAGCGCACAGAUGCACACAAGCUCAAGCAGGACUUGGCGAAUGCUUUCUUUCUUCAGAAAUUUUUGAAGCUCUUUAUAAAAAAAGGCUUUUCAAGCAUGGACAGUCUCAAUCUUGCCAAGCAAGCCCUCAGAAAAAGCUGCCUCAGACACACGUUCACCAGUUGGAAGUUACAGAAGCGGUUACGGCUAUCAAAGGAACUGUUGACAAGAUGGCCGAAGACAGUUUCGUUUGGACGAUUAAAGACGAAGAACAAAAACGUUGCAUCUCUGAAACAAAAACAACUUUUGUUUGAGAAAAGUCAUCUCAUAGGGAGAACAUUACAGACUUGGAAACUACGUUUGCGAGAAAAUCAGAGUAAGAUGAAUGAACUGUUGGAAUUAGAGGUAGCCUUCAAGGAAAAGAUGGCAUUGAAAGUCGUCAAGGAUGUGAUCGAUUGGAAAGAACGAGAAGGUCUGGUAGUUAAAAUGGUCAACUCUCUUCUAUUACAGUUUGUGUUCCGCAAAUUGUGGUUGAAGAGGACUAGAGAGCGAAGCAUGCUAUCCCAGAUCUACUUACGAAGAUCAGCUGUCUUAUACAGCAGGUACUUCUCCAUGUGGCUGGCGCGAAUGAUAGACAACGAGGCAGCCUCGUCAGUUCGUGAUAAGGUCAUCAUAUGUCAUGUCUUUGAUGUCAUGAAACUUAGAAACAACGAACUCAAAUUUCAGAGGAAGGGAAACCAGCUUAAAGUAAGGAAGUUUUUAUUGCAAUGGAGAGAGAGAACUACUCAUGAAUUGCUGCUUGGUAAACACUUACAGAAGAAUUUGCUGGGAGUCUGGUUACACGAAUGGCAGCGAAAAUAUCACUCUUUCAAUGACCUUUCGUAUAUCACAGUGAAAUGCCGAGAUUCUUUUUUGUUGAAACACUAUUACAACCAGUGGGCUCAAAAGUCAAUGGAAGUACUUGAAAUGAAAAGAAAGUCUGGCUGGUUUGCAAAGUUACAUGUAAUAUCCAAAGUUAAAGGAGUUCUAAAGCGUUGUGAGAAACUUAACGCUACUUUAGAGGCUUUUGUUGUUCACAAAUCACGGAGGCAAGAAGAAAAGUACAUGUCGGUGUGGAUCUCCAGCAUGCGGAUCCAAAUGAGAUUAAAACAAGAGAUAAUGCUGGACCAGUACUUAAUAGUGGGCAACAUGUCCCUUAUCAAAAGCUGCUUUUCACAAUGGGCUAAACGCUAUCGUUAUUUUUACGAUGAUUGCAACAAGGUAGCAAAACGUCAAAACGCCCAAACGAUAAUUGCAAGUGUGCUUCGAAGAGCACUCAGCAAAAGGACGGUAUACGAUAACUGGAGGAUUGUGUCUAUGGAAUUGGACAAUCAAUCGAAGUUGUCGAGUUAUUUUGGCAGCUUCAAACUCAAAUAUGAGCUCGUUUCUGCCUUGAACGAGCAGCUUGGUCGAGUCCUGGCAGAAAAAGAGUUAUCGAUGUUGAUCAAUUGCCUGAACAUGUGGACGAUGAAGCAAUUAAAAUCUUCACGCAAUAGGGAGACAGUUGAACUUUUCAGAAAUAGGUGGAACAGGGCAAGCUUGAGAGCUAUCCUUCUGCUCUGGAAAGAAAAGUGUGAUUCGAUCAAGGCAGACCCACCAGCGUUCAGUGACGAAAGGUUUACUAGUGGUUCUGAACCAAAUGAUCGGAGUUUAGUCACUCCUACCAGAAUGAAAAAGAGCGGGCGGAUAACGAUACCCGGAUCCGAGGUUAUCAAAAGGAAUAGAAUGGAGGCUAUGAAAAAUCAUUACAGGCGUGCCCGUAAAGCGAUACCUAGCCCUAUCAAAUUCUCAGACAAUUUGGAUUCUGUGACGAAACGCAGGCUUGAGACGAAUAGUGAGACAAUGGAAGAUCGAGCUACCCCUCCUCCCCCAAAGAUGAAUCUUGAAAAAAUUAAUAAGAAUCUGGCUUCUAAAAAAUCUAUGAUCAACUUCAGAAGUAUACCAGAGGCAAAGUUGAGUCCCGCUCCAUCAUCGAGAGUCUCGGAAAUACCAGUAGUGGAUAGGUCCCUUCUGUCAAAACAUAACAGAGACUUAGAUAGAUCACCUACGGUGCGAUGA